AUGGAGUCUCCGGCUAGUCUUCAGCAUUUCAGCAGUGCGUUAAGCCACAUAGAGCAAGGUAGCCUACGAGGCAUCGCGUCCGGUGAGAUUCGGGUUGAUCUUCAGAGUUGCAAGGAGCGUAUUGCUGUCAGAUGCCUCACGUGCUUGCAUCAGUUCUGGGUCAAGAGCAAGGAGGGGCAGUUGAAGCUCAAUUUUCGCAAGAGCGACCGCAGAAUCAUGGGCUAUGUUGUCAGUGCCGAGAUUCCAAAGGCAAAGCAAUGCAAGCAAUUUGUGUGCUUGAGCUGCAUCCAGGAUCUGCUCGGUAUGAUUGCCGAGAGCGAUGAUGGAUUGUCGGUCACUCUGAGCGCCAGGAGGGAUGGCAAGCAAGACUCUCCCAUCUUGCAGCGGGAGGGACAGGGAAGCCCUUGGAAGCAAAGUCUGCAGCUCACAAACGAGUUGCUUGGCUUUCUACGCGAGGAAAACGCAAGAACAAUGCCGGGGCAGAGGCCAAAAGCUGCCACGGCAGCGUCCCAGAUCGGCAAUCGAGGGAUGGCUAAAGGAGUGCGGCCGAGGGUGAAAGGCGCUCCGGAGGAGACGAGCACCCAGGGGGCGGCGUCGUUGGGCAUCAAGGAGCAGGCGGCGCGCUAUCUGAAGAUGAUGGAGUCUUCCGAGGAUUUGGUUCGGGUCUAUCUACCAACGGGGUCGGUAUCCCCUCCGCUUAGGCUCUACAUGUCUCCGUGGGAUCACAACGGGGACGGCAGACCGAAGGGGUUAGGGAGGCCGGACAAGACGCACGCGCUGCCAGAGACGGUAUGGUGGAGCACGCUCGGCAAGCUCUGUUGUACGUGCCAUCGGGGGCGGCUGACGGAGGACGCGCCGUGCGUGCAUAAGCUGGCGAUGGCGGCCCUCAGUGAAAGCUGGGCCCCAACGGCAGAGCUGCCCACUCACAAUUCGCUUGGCAGGGGGGCGAGGGUCAAACAAAUUGGGGUGGACGCAACGGGGAGCUACUUUGUAGUGGCUGAAAAUCUCCAAGGAGCACCUGGUCCUCAGAGGCGCAUGCUGUUCUGCAGCAGCAAGGGGGCGUGGUAUUGCGAGGGGAAGCGCGACGGCUGCCCAAGCCUCAUGGAUUGCUCGCACGUCUUGGCGGCGAAGGCGGCUCUGAGGUCGGAUGAAGGGGGCGUUCUCAUGGCCGACCAGGUAAUCAUGAAGCUUACGGAGCCUCUGUCGAGAGCCGCAAUGGACUGGCUCGAGGCGUGGAAUGGGGAGUUGCCGACAAUCGGAGGGGUGCCUGGCGCCGGUCCCUCCUUGCAGGGGGUUCUGGCGGACGAGGAGCGGUAUCUCGUUGAAUUGCUGGAGCGGCGGCCCCACGAGCGGGCGACAUGCGUUGGCGACUCGUGCUUCUGUCGUCAGCACGAUCGACUCUUUGGAGAGGCCGCCGCACACACCUCAGGGGAUCAGGAGAGCAAUGGGGGCGAUCAUGAGAGGGAGAGGGGGGCAGUUGACGAACAGCCCCCGCGCAAACGAGCGAGGCGGAACAAGACCUUCUGGGAGGCGCACAAACAAGGCUCGACAGAAACGAGGGUGGGGUGGGACGCUCGGCCACCAACGGAUGCGAGAGGCAAGGAGGCAAUUCGAGGCUGGGUCGACGCAUGCACUUGCUGCAGACUGGCCUCGCUGGCGGCUGCAAGCGGUCGAUGUGAGCAUGGGGAGGCCUCGAGGGUGCGCGUCCCUGUCAUGCUCCUUACCACGGAGGCGAGCCAAAUCACGAAGCCCAAGCUGGCACGGCCCAGUGAUGCGCAUGCCGUUCAUGACCCGCUCGUGACUUCGCUCGACCGCCCAGUCCAUGUUAGCAAGCUGACACACUGCCACUUUCAAGAGCUGUCGGAGAAGGAGCUGCUAAGCGCGCCUUGCCCUCUGGGCCCCCCAGCGUGUGGUGGCUCAUGGGUGGAGCAGUGGGUGGAGGCGGACGUGACGUCCUCCCAGUGGAGCCAGCGGGUGCGGGUGCGAAUCUACCACUGCCAGUGCCUCGACGAGGCGCACGCAAUCCACUUCGACGGCGAACACCUUGGGUUAUACGCGUGGAACCGCAGGACGAUCUUCGUCCAACAGAGCCUGCAGCUGUUGCUACGUGGCAUGCAUGUGAUGGUUGGCCAGCUAUAUGCAGGGAGCUGGCAGGAUAACUACACACGAUCAGCUAACAUGUGCGGAAACCAUGAAAGCAGGCGUUCUCAAGCGAUGGCGCAGGCUCAGAAAAAUUGA